CAGCAGUUUCCAACGCUUUUCUUCAAACAUUUCUCUUCCGUUUUUUGCAAUUUAAACUUUUUGUAAUAUCCUCUCUCUCAAUAAAUAAAACUUUUCUUAAAAAAACAAAUUCAUACUCAUCUGCAAUCCUAAAACAUUGCAGAUUCAUACUCGAUUCAUCUGCAGUCCUACAAAUUCAUCUACAAGGACAAUUCUUGACUUUAAUCAUAUAGUCCUACAAGCUAUAAGAACAUUUCUUUGCUUGAUUCAUCAGUAUCCUUCUAUAAUUCAUCUAAUAGGACACAAGCUUUCUUUUUUAUUUAAAUGAAGCAUAUUGUGAAGAUUUUGUCUAUACUGGUGGCAAUUGCUGCGUUAUGGAUUAGUCUCCUUCGUACUUCAGUAGUACCACAAAACCAGACUUGGCUGCUGCCUGUUUACUUGAUUAUAUCAUUAGGAUGCUAUGGCCUAUUGAUGGUUGGCAUAGGUUUGAUGCGCUUUCCCACCUGUCCUCAGGCAGCAGUGUUGCUACAAGAGGACAUUGUUGAAGCCAAGGACUUCUUAAUGAAAAAAGGAGUCGAUGUCAGUUGUGAUUGAUCGGCUUAACAAGUGUGGCUCAAUUUGUGCGAGAAAGCAACAACAAAGUGUGUUAUAUAGAUCAUAGAAAGCAGCCUUUAUCAGAACAAAUCACGUUUUAAAGAUUUUAGUCUAACUAGACAUGGCGAUGAGUCGGGUUUGCUAAGUAAUUGUAUUUUGAGGCUCAGUUGCUUUUUUAGUCAUCUUAUGGAUGGCACAACUCUUCUGAUUCCAUCUUCAAUGUUGAAAAUGCGUACCAUAAACUAUUAAGAUUAAUGUAUAUGGAGUCAUUAACAAA